AUGGGUACGAAACACAUCGAACACAAUGGAAAAGCCUACUGUGAAAGUGAUUACGUGGAGCUGUUUGGAGAAUUCUGUUGCCAGUGUAGCUGUGUUCUUUCAAAAGAAAGCAUCAAUGUUAUGGGAAAGAAAUGGUGCAUUGAUUGUUACAGAUGUGUCGCCUGUGACAGGAUAUUGAAGUGCAGAGACAAAGUGCUCAAUUUUGAUAUGCGCCCCAUGUGCAAGAAAUGUUAUCGUCGGAAAGAUUUUCGAAAGCAUUUAAAAGAAGGACCUCAUAUCUGA